AGCAACCUGUCUGCCUCGCCUCCGUGUACACAUGUAGCCUAAACCCUGUUGCUGUGUCUCUGUCCGUUUGCUUUUGUUUCCACCAUGUCUGUAGUCAAAACGAGUUUAAGACUGUUGGUGUUCGCCACAGUCACCGUCCUGGCCGUGCUGCUGCUGCGGCACUGGAUGGCCACCAAACAAUACGUUUUCAACAGAGAAGACAUCGCCAAACUGGCCAAACAGUACGCAGGACAGGACCAUGAGCAGGCCUUCUCCAAAGUGGUGGUGGAGCUCAGGAAAAGGUAUCCUGGCCACAUCCUGCCAGACGAGGACCUGCAGUGGGUGUUUGUGAACGCCGGAGGCUGGAUGGGCUCUAUGUGUCUCCUCCACGCCUCGCUCACAGAGUACCUGCUUCUGUUUGGUACUGCAGUGGACACAGGAGGACACUCAGGUCGUUACUGGGCUGAGAUUUCUGAUACUAUCAUCUCCGGCACUUUCAGACAGUGGAAGGAGGGAACGACUAAGAGUGAACUUUACUAUCCUGGUGACACUAUCAUACACAGUGUAGGUGAGGCCACAUCAGUCCAGUGGACCGCCGGGACAUGGAUGGUGGAGUACGGCAGAGGUUUCAUCCCCUCCACGUUGGGCUUCGCUCUGGCAGACACCCUGUUCAGCACCCAGGAUUUCCUCACAAUGUUCUACACUGUACAAGUCUACGUCAAGGGUCUGCUGCUCGAGGCUGGUACACUACUCACAGACGCCGGAGUUUUCUGAGACGUGGCCUGCACAGGGACAGUAACAUCAAAUGUUUACCAUGUCGUCACAUGCACUUUUGUCCCCUGACCACUAACAUCCAGCAUGGAGGGGGGGAAAUCUGUGCCAGAUAAUUCCAAGUUCAAUUAUUUUACCUGAAAUUGUAGACAAUCCAAAUUUGCAUCAGUGGAGUUAAUCCCAUCUACAUUCAAGUUCGUGACCCUCCAUAAAGGCUAUACAAAAGAAA